AUGGCCACGACACGGCCGAGAAGCUAUGGCGGCUCCUUUGGCACCAUCCGCACCGGCGUCCUUGGGAUGUCCAGGGCCUUGACCCUGGGCAUCUCUUCCGUCGCCGCUGCCCCCAUCUACGCGAGAGGCGAAGGCGAAUCCGAGGGUCCAGCAGAAGGCGACGAUGUCUGGAUUCUCUACGUUGCUUCCAUGAUUCUUGUCCUCGCCGGAGGCGCCUUCGCUGGCUUGACCAUUGCCCUCAUGGGACAGGAUAGCAUCUACCUCCAGGUCCUCGCUGGCGACCCCGACGAAUCCCAAUCCAAGAACGCGAAACGCGUCUACGAUUUGCUCAAGAAGGGAAAGCAUUGGGUCUUGGUUACUUUGCUGUUGUCCAACGUCAUCGUCAACGAAUCGCUACCUAUUGUGUUGGACCGCUGUCUCGGUGGAGGUGUAACCGCCGUUGUUGGCAGUACUAUUCUCAUCGUCAUUUUCGGUGAAGUCGUUCCCCAAUCCGUCUGCGUCCGUUACGGUCUUCCGAUCGGUGGCUUCAUGUCCAAGCCGGUGCUCUUGCUCAUGUGGCUUAUGGCGCCCAUUGCUUGGCCCAUUGCUAAGCUUCUUGACUGGGCUCUCGGCGAGGACCACGGCACCACAUACAAGAAGAGCGGUCUCAAGACGCUUGUCACCCUGCACAAGUCUCUUGGCGCGGCCGGUGAACGUCUAAACCAGGACGAGGUUACCAUCAUCAGCGCCGUUUUGGACCUGAAGGAAAAGCCUGUCGCGAACGUCAUGACCCCCAUGGGCGAUGUGUUCACCAUGGCCGAGGACACCGUGCUUGAUGAGAAGACCAUGGACAUAAUUCUGUCCGAGGGCUACUCCCGCAUUCCAAUCCACGCCACCGGUAAGCCCACCGACUUUGUCGGUAUGCUCCUCGUCAAGAUCCUCAUCACCUACGACCCCGAGGACGCCUUGCAGGUCAAGGACUUCCCUCUCGCCACCCUUCCCGAGACACGCCCCGAGACGAGCUGCUUGGACAUUGUCAACUUUUUCCAGGAGGGCAAGUCCCACAUGGUCCUUGUUUCCGAGUACCCUGGUGCCGACUAUGGUGCCAUCGGUGUCGUCACUCUUGAGGACGUCAUCGAGGAGCUCAUUGGAGAGGAAAUCAUCGACGAGUCUGAUGUCUAUAUUGAUGUCCACAAAGCCAUCCGCCGUUUGACCCCUGCGCCGAAGGCCCGACCCAUUAAGCGAUCCACCGAGCCGUCGCCCCGGGUGAUUCCUGAGAACGGCGAUCUCAUCGAAUUCGAUCGCGAAGUUCCCCACGAGCGCAAUGGCUCUGUCAGCGCCAUGAGCGACGCGCCUCAGCACCUGUCCAGCAGCCCCGGAAAGAUGACGACCUUCUUGAUGCGCAGGAGCUCCGCCGGCCCGGAUGGGCGUCUGACCUCGACUGCCGUACCCGUGAAGGCCACCUUCGACGAGGCCAAGCAGCACCUGAAGCACCUUGGUCCUUCGAACCGCGCAUCGAACCCCAAAAACACAAAGUCCACUACCGUCAAGAUUAAGCCCGUCCAGACUGGUGCACCCCUGCACCAGGUGCAUAGCCCUCCGCCUGCAUCUGCCGGUCUUCGCCCUGCCUCUGUUGCUGGCGACAUUUCCGAGGAAAGGCAUGAAGAAGAAAACGAGAACACCCCGCUCAUCCGACCCAAGCUUACCGGCAAGGGUGGCGUCCACGCCGUGCGUAGGAGCUACGGCGUCGCGGGCAUGAGCGACACUCAGGCCAGGCUCGCCAGCAGCUCACCUCACCAUGAAGACGACAAGGCAGCCGAUCAGGUGGACCUGCCUCCGACUGUGCCUGAGAAUGGCAACAGCCCCGAGGCCAGCCGCACGGAUUUGACGAUUAUUGUUUCACCCGGAAAGGCCAGUAACUCGCCCAGCGUCACCAGCGUCAUUGAGGACGGAUCUUCGACUCCCAGGCGUAGGACUCUUGUUCGAAGCGGUAGUAUCAGCGAGAACGUGGUUGAGACAAGUAGUGGUGUGCGAAAGAUCAUCAUCCAGGCCGCUAGCUCCGACUCGGAAGACAACGGAUCUAAGGGCUCCUCUGGCCACCGCUCGCGUACCACUAGCCAGUCCAACAUCCUGUCUAGUCAGGAAUCCGAGGAACACGACGAGAAUGAAAACGGCGAAGCAUCAAGUACGGCGCCGAGCACAAGUACUGGCGGCCAACAAGCCAGCAAAAAGAAGAACAGACGGAAGAAGAGAAAGGGUAACAAAUAG